CUCAGUCACCAUUUGAUUUCAUUUCAAAAUUCGAAUACCGUCUCUCGAACACUCUCAAUUUCUCUAUCCCAGUCGACGACGAAAUCUCUUUCAGAGCUCCACCGCCAUGGUUGACGAGAAGGAGAAGGAAUCGGAGAUCCUCGAACAGGAUUCGCUUGUACAGGUUGACGAGCAGAAGGAGAAGGAAGCGGAGAUCCUCGAGCAGGAUGCGCUUGUAAUGGUUGACGCGCAGCAGGUGAAGGAAUCGGAUAUCACCGAACAGGAUUCGCUUCUACUGAUUGAUUCUGAAGCUCAACCUAAGGAAUUGGGGAAGGAACUUGCCAAGCUCGCACUUGAGUGGGGAGACAAACCAAUGACAUUUGAUCCGAAGAAGGUGGCUAAAGUGCAGAUGAUUGUCGACCGCAUGAGUGCUUUUUCCUCCAUCACCAAUACUUCUGCUAGGGUUGCAGAGUUGGAGGUACAGAAGAAACAUGCGAAAAAAACAGGAGAUGGAGCACGCCUUAAGGAUAAAGAAUCUGAAGCUCAACCUAAGAAAUUGGGGAAGAAACUUGCCAAGCACGCACUUGAGUGGGCAGUCAGACCAAGGACAUUUGAUCCCAAGAAGAAGACUAAAGUGCAGUUAAUUGUCGACAUAAUGCAUGCUUAUCCCUCGAUAACCAAUACCUCUGCUAGGGUGGCAGAGUUGAAGGAACAGAAGAAACAGGCGGAAGGAACAGGUGAUGAAGCACUCCUUAAGAAGGUAGAUUCUGAACUCAUAACUCUUGAAGCCUCACUCUAUAAGAGGAGGGAGAUUAUCCAUGAUGAACCGAAGACUGACGAGGGCCUUGAAGUUACAAAGGACCAGUCAGCUAGUCGGAAGAAAUGGACUCUCGAUGAGGUUCGAUCUCUCGUCGAAGCUGUAAAAUCAGUUGGGAAACUGAGCUGGGUAGAAGUGAAGGAAUUGAUGGGGUCUUCCCGCUCACAAGAUCAUAUCAAGAGUAAAUGGAAGGAUUUGGUGAUAGCUGCUGAGACACAAAGGAAGUCUCAUGCUGGUUGUGAAAUCCCUAAUGAAUUACUUGAAGAAGUGUUGCAGUUGAAUAAGAGACUUCUGGAGAAGGCAUAAAGGCUGUGAACAGGGAAUUUCAUGGAAAGUUGCUUGAUGAAGAUGGGUAAUAUACGUAACAUCAACACUUGCCUUGCUUGCAUGUGUAGUUCUUUCUUCUGCCUUUUGCUUCUCUUGGAUCUUUCAUUUGGCAUUGAGAGCAUGUUAAGGAAAGAAGAGAUUGGUGGUGUGCUAGGGUAGGGGUUUUUUUUUUUUUUUUUUUGUAGCAGCAGGGGAAAGGCUGGUCUGGUGCCCCAAUUUGCCACAUUUCUGGAAAAUUCAAUUGUUCAAACUGUGGCAUAAUGCUUAUAUGGCACAAACUGCUAUCAUUCAGAUGAUAUGGAGACGAGGUGAAGAAAGUUGUUCUGUAAACUGAUUUCCUCGAAAGUGAGAAUGAUUGAUCCAACAGUGUCACUGUAACCAACGGUACAGGUUUCAUACAAACACCAUGGAGUUAAUGCUGCAUAUUACGGAAAUAUACCAAAUACUUGUAAGAUCCGGAUUGUGUGUCUCCAGAAAAAAAAACAGCCAAGUCCACUGUCAAAAUGAGGAGAAAUUUUCUCUUAGUUGAAAUGACAUGCAGAAACAUGAAUUCAAAUUUGACCCAAUUGGAAAGAUAACCCUUCUCCUAGCCAGCCAUCGCCAUCAAACCCAUGAAGAUAACAACUACUCAUAAUCCCAAUUCCCACACAUGUAGCAGUCACAUCUCCAGCUAGUUCAAUAAAGACAGGCAUGAAUC